AUGGAUAUUGUUAUUUCAAUUGCGUCCAAAAUUGCAGAGUCCUUGGUGACACCAAUAGGCAGAGAAUUUGGCUAUUUGAUUUACUAUGAUACCAACAUGAAAGAUCUAAAGGAUGAACUUAAACAGCUUUUUGAGAUGAAAGAUAGGGUGCAAGAAUCGGUUAAAGCUGCCAAAAGGAAUGGUGAAGUUAUCAACUAUGAUGUUCAAAGUUGGCAAACAAGUGUUGACAAGUUAAUUCAGAAAGUGUUGCAUUUUGAGGAAGAAGUCAGCAUGAAAAGGCGAUGCUUGUACCGGUGGAACAUAAGUAGGAAAGCCACUAAGAUUACACAAGAUGUUCUUUAUCUCCAAAAAGAAGGAACAUUCAAUAAUGUUGCCCAUCCUGCACCUCCACCGAUGAUAUGGUCAACAUUCAAAGAAGGUUUUAAGGAUUUUAAAUCCAGAAUGACACAUGUGAAUAGGGUGACAGAGGUUUUGAAGAAUGAAGAAGUUAGAAUGAUUGGGAUUUGUGGUAUGGGGGGGUGUGGGUAA